UUUUUACUGAGUCUGCGCCGCAGCGGUUCCCGACCGGAGGGAUUCUUCCGUGCUUCUCUGUGUUGAUGGUGAGACCAAGUUUAAGAUUUCAUAAGGAUUUGCUGAAGAAGCAAAAUUACACAGGACUACCAUAAGAAGGACUCUGGAAGGGAACAGUUGCCAGGCACUUGAGUUUGGAAGACCUCUGAGGAAGAUGGAAGUUUAAAAAUUCAGAAGGGAAACAACACUACAAGGGAGAGGCUGAAGAGAGGAAAAAGAGACUUAAGGCAAAUGAGGAUCAAGGACAAGCAAAUUUCUUCAGAAGAGGAGCCUGAAUAUAAAGAAUUUAUUUCAUUUUAAAGAAUUCACAUCAGGAUGAACCAGGAGAUAACCUCAAAUCAGAAAAAUUUAGAAGAAAAAGAAGCACAUGCAUUAUAACCUCAGAUUCCAAAGUCUCUUGCUGUAAGGAUCCAAUUUCAGAGAAGGUGAGAGGUUAGAGAGGCAGUGGGGAAACCCUAAAACAGAGACAAUGAAGAGAGAAAGGAGAGGUUUCAGGCAAGUGGCAGUCAAAGGCAAGAAAAACUCUGCCAAAGAAAGAAGCCAGAAAUACAAACAAUCUGGAAAAAGCUUUUGUCAGAGCUCACAUCUCAUUUCACAACAAAAAAUCCACAUUGCAGAUAGACCCUAUGCUUGUAAAGAGUGUGGAAAAACCUUCAGUCAGAGUGCAAACCUUACUGUGCAUCAAAGAAUCCAUACUGGGGAGAAACCUUUUCUUUGUAAUGAGUGCGGGAAAGGCUUUAGUCAGAGAUCCCACCUUAUUCGACAUCAGAGAAUUCAUACUGGGGAGAAGCCCUAUGAAUGUAAUGAGUGUGGGAAAACCUUUAGUCAGAGCUCAAAUCUGAUUGUGCAUCAGGGAAUUCACACUGGGGAGAAAUCUUAUGAAUGUGAUGAAUGUGGGAAAGCCUUCCGUCGGAGUUCAGGUCUUACUGUCCAUCAGAGAAUCCAUACAGGGGAGAAACCAUAUGAGUGUAAUGAGUGUGGGAAAGCCUUCAGUUGCAGCUCAUACCUCAUUGUACAUCAGAGAAUCCAUACCGGGGAAAAACCCUAUCAAUGCAAUGAGUGCGGGAAAGCCUUUAGUCAGAAUUCACAUCUAAUUCUCCAUCAGGGAACUCAUUCCCGAAAGAAACACCAGAUUCCUCCAUUGGUUAGAGCCCAGUGUUAAUGGGAUCAGACAUUCAUAUUGAUUCCUUGUUCUGCAGCCACAGCUUGUAUUCAAACUAGACAUUUCACAAAUGUCUACUUUUGUUCACAACUGAAACUCAACAAGAAAUUAUAGGCAGCUCUAGAUAACCCUUGUGUAUGACUGCAAAGGGACACUUGGGUGUUGAUUUAUGAUUACAUUUCAGUUCUUUUCACAUUAGAGGUAUGUAGCCUAAUUUAGAUUUUAACCAUGGAGGCUAGGCAUUCUGUCAUCUCCCAUUUUGAAAAUAAAAUGAACACCUUAACUUACUAGUUGUUCUUUAAAUGUGACAAGUAAUUGUUAAUUUAUAAACAUGUUUUUUGACUCAUUAAAUAUAAAGUCUUGAUUCAGCUUGAUUAGGGGAGGUAGUGCCUGAAUCAAGCAAUAAUACAAUCCAAAUUGAACCCUUCUCCAGGCUGUGCUGGAAAUACAGUUCUCUGAUGAUCUGUAUAUGAAGAACUGUCCCAUAAAAAAUGUGAUGUUGAUCUCUGAACCUAUGAGUGUGUAUAUAUAACCUCAUGGAAGCCAUCUGAGGAGACUUACCGUCACCAAACGCACUCAUUCCCUCCUUCAUAGAAUUCACUUUUUUGUUAGAGCUAAAAGGACAUUUAUAGACUUUCCAAUUAGUCUAACCCCUUGUUUUACGGAUGAGGGAAAGUAAUGUUGAAAGACAUAAAAUGGCUUUCCCAGGACUAUGUAAUUGAUAAGUGACUGAGAAUCUCCUGAUCAAGUCCAGGGCUGUCAUGGUUACAGUAGGUUUAUACUUAGUAAUUUUCACCUGUCUAGUUGCCCUUCUUCAAAACCAGUUUCCUUACUCUCUUCUUACUACUAUCUUCCCAGUCUCAAGUUUGCAAAGUUGAUAUCAUUUUUGACAUAUCUUAACAACUUUGUGCAGUCAGUCACCAAAUCUUGGUGAGUCUUCAUUAUUCUUGAAUUGUUACGGCAGCUAUCAUGUAUACCUUAUCUCUAACCAUUUUCCACUCCCGUUAGUCUUCUGACCAAUUACUGAAAUACCUGCGCCUUCAGAAUCAGUCAACAAGCAUUUAUUAAGCACUUACUGUACAUAGGCACUGUAUUAAAUGCUGG